CAUGGCGACUCGCAUCUUUGCCCGGUGUGUCCGAACAGUCAGGCAGUAUUCAGUGAAUCUAAACAAGACAAAUGUUGCGAUUAUUUCGUCCUCUGUGCCGAGAACGUUGUCAUAUUUGACGUACGGCCAGAAGUCAUUACUUCCACAGAUUAGCGGUAGUACAUCGUAUAUUUGGCAGCGGCGACAGUACGGAGAUCUGCCCCCUUUGACGCUGGACAACAUCCGUGACCGAGUUCUCUAUGUACUCAAGCUCUACGACAAGAUCAGCCCCGAAAAGCUUCAGGUCACAUCUCACUUCAUGAAGGACUUGGGCUUGGACAGUCUGGACCAGGUGGAGAUUGUUAUGGCCAUGGAGGAUGAGUUUGGUUUCGAGAUCCCUGACGCAGAGGCAGAAAAGCUGAUGACGCCACAGGAUAUUGUACAGUACAUCGCAGACAAGAAAGACGUUUAUGAGUGAGCGUCUGCCAGUCGAUGUGAAGAUAGUUCCUUACUGUAACCAUGGCAGCAGGGGAGGAGCUGUCAGCACAUGUUCUCUGAGUUGUAAAAUGUAUAUCCAUAUUCGUAAUGUUCUUCUCUGUUCUGUUUUGAUCUGUUCAGCUCCUUUGAUUGGUGAAAUUCACCUUCUACACUGCGGGGCACACGCACACAUCCUUCUGUUUAAGUCUCUCAAAGAGUUUGGGAAAGUAAUGUAAUGCAGUCAUAAUAAAAAGUUGAUGCCACUA